AUGGCUGAUCGAGAAGGAAAUGAGGUAAGAUAUUUUGUAACUUAUUUAAAAAAUUCACAUAAGCCUUUCAUGUUAACUAUUAAAACUAUAAUAAAAUGAAUUGAUUCGAUAUUUGGAAAUUUCGAUUUUAUUCGAAGAUUUAACAAAGUUUUUAUAGUCUCCCGAAUGUAGUAAAAGAAGAAUACAAGAAGAACACAAUAUCGAUGUCGUAUUUUGCAAUGACAAUAUAAUGGAACAAAUUUUAUCAAAUAUCUAUCGAUUUCAAGAGCGGCUUCCUAUGGAAAUGGUUUCGCGGAGGUUCCGACAAAUUUCGAAAAAAGCGGGUUGGAUUGUACCAAAUGAAUAUUAUUCGACUUUGAAAUUGACAAUGCCCGUUAGUUUUUCAAUUAGUGAGUAGUUUUUAUCCGAAAUGUCUUAAUUUAAGGAAGGUUCAUCGAGAUGUCUCGCUUCUUUUGGAUCUUGUCACAAAUAUCAACAAGUUUUAACUGUGGAACUGGCUCGUCAAAUGGCUAUUGAUGAUCCUGCAAAAUUUAUACAGCCACCAGAACUUAGUAAGUUUUCUAAUUUCGAUUUCAUCAUAAAAAAGCUGACCUUUUUUUAGCUUUCAUUCUUCAAAAAUUUUUGACUGUCAAGAAAAAUAUUCGAAAUGUUGUGUUUGGUGGAAAAGCAAAGGAUUAUUAUAGUGGAUUUGAAGGAUCUUAUCAAUCGAUUCUUCUUACAAAAGAUCUUUUUGAAUAUUUGGAAAAUUUUCCGAAUUUAGCUAGUUUGAAGUUGGCGGAUCUUGGAGUUGAUGAAAAUGCAAUUAGUUAUGGUAAGUUUUUUCUCAAAAACUCCUGACAACAAAAUUUUUUUUUCAGUUUCAUCUCCUUCGUGUCAAUUCAAACAUCGAAUAGAAUCACUUUCAAUAAUUUGCAUGCGUCAAGAUUUUUGGCUUCGACAUUUAAUAACUCCAAGUUUACGCAAUUUGACAAUACGAAGAUUGAAUAUGGAGAAAGCAGAGUUAUUCCUUGGACAAAUAAUCGAUUUAAAUCUUCAUUUGGAUAGUGUUAAUUUUGAAAUUGCGAGUUGUGAAAAGUUGGUUUUUUAAAGAAAGCUUUAUCUAGACAGGCAAACAUUACCGUGAAUUUUUAGAAAUGACAAAAAGAUCACCUCGAAUACAAUUCACGUUUCUUAAAAUUAGAAAUGAAUGAAUGAAACGUUUUAUUUUUUAAUAAUGAAAAAAAUUAUUUUUUGGAAAAAAACAAACAUUUUUGGCGUGAACUAGAAAUAUGAAAUCAUUUUUUUUUAGUUUGAUCAUAAUUUGAAUUUUCAGCUUCCACGAUGCAAAAGAUAUUAUGACAAAAUUCUCGAAUCGAUGCAAGAAAAUGGAUUUAACAUUUUCUUCAAUGGAUUACAAACCGGGUACUAAUUUAUUGUUAUUAGCCAGAAGUAUUGAUUCAUGGACAAAUGUAAGUGUUUUGUUUAUAAAUAAAAAAAAAAAUUUCGAAAAAUUUCCAGAUUCGCUCUUUAAUUCUAACAAGUCGUUCGGAUUCAAUUCGUGAUGCAGUCGAUAUUUCUGUCAUUUUUGAAAAACUCGCUCAUCUUCGACAUCUCGAAAAACUAACAAUAACGGAAAAUAUCAAAACUAGUUUAUUACAUUUUCUUCGAAAAGGAAUUCAGGAUUUGCCAAAUCUCAAAUAUCUCAAUUUCUCGUUAGUUUUUAUUUUAAUACAUCAUAUGUUAAUCUAUUAAAAAUUUCAUAAUUUAGUGAUCGCUCAAAGUUCAAAGAAACUGGGAUUUUGCAAGAAUUUCUGGCGAAUCUUCCAAAAUCUUUGGAAGAAGUUAAAUUCGAUGGUUUGAUGUGGGAAAGUGAAGCUGUUGAAGCAUUUUGUAAAAGAUUAUCUGAAAAUUUGAAACGAAUAACUAUCACAAGGCCACGACAUACUUCAGCCACUCGAUUAUUUAUUAAGGUUAGUUUUAAGAUUUGAAAUAUAAUAUGGUUUGGAACCUGAUACACUGAAUACUGAAAAUGUCACUGGAAGAAACUAAAACGAUUUCUGAUGAACGGAAGCCUGUUUAAUUAUGCUGAAGAAGAAAAUGUCAACGAUUCACGAUAUGGAACAGAUCGAGAAUGUAUUACUGUACUUUAUUCCCCGACACGUAAUUUUUUCUCAUUACAAAAAUUCAGGCACACCUGGAACAGCUGUGUCAGAUGUCCAAAAAUUGUACAGCGUGGUUUUUUAGAAGGACAAGUUUGUGACUCUUUCCCAUUUUUUGGUACAUUCACACUUUUUUUGAAAUAUAAUUUUUGAAAUUUUUACUGGACUGAAUUUUCACGUUUUGGGUGAGGUACAAACGAUACGAUAAUUGAAAAACCCGAACAAGGCACGAUGUUUUUCGAAGAAAAAAGUCUACCCGCCAUUUUCACAAACCGAGAAAAAACAGAGAUUCGAACUGAAACUGCCAACAACAAAACCCAAAUUGUGUUUCUUAUGAGAACAACUUCUCAAUUAUUGAAAUUGUAAACAAUUCGUCGAUAGGAAAUUUAACAACGAAAAAACAUCAAGAAGAUACCACGUUCUUAUUUCAAAAAAUCGUAAUUUUCAACUUUUACGAUUGCUGUUUGAAGAAAGAACUUUCAAAUCUUCAAAUCGUGGUCACGCCUCUAUUGUUUUACGAUUGGAUUCGUUUUGGAUUGGAUUUUUACAUCAACGGAUUAUCGAUUUUUUGUUGGAUAUUUAAAACUGCUAGAACAUAAUGCCAAAAAUAUCCAAGAGUGUUUAUGAUGUCGAAACAUAUUUAUUAUAUUAUUUCGAAGAAGACAAUAAUUGAGAAAUUUUCUGAAUAUCUUCGUCCGACGGAACGGUAUAAAUAUGAAGUGUUCACUGCAAAAUUGAACUAAUCUGAAUUCGUCUGGUCAUUCAUUCACUCAUCAUCAACAGCUGUGAAACGAAAUUUCAUUUCGACUACGCCUACUUUCGCCUUCGCUCAUCUACGCGUAACGAACUUUCGAUAGCGAAAUCAAAGAAUGGCAAGGUUGAAAGAAAAACCGAGAAUAGCAACCGAAUUGAAAGAACAACCGAGAAUAGCAGAAUGGUUCGGAAGAGACCUGUGUCGGAAAUAUGAGAUUUGCGGAAAAAAACGUUUUCCCAGCACAGCGUCUAUUGUGAUAAUGGAACAUAAAGUGGAAUAAGAAAAUGCUGCAUGACUUGAGGCCGAUUUUUGAGGUGAGGAUUUUCAAAAAAAAAAAAAUUGAAAACAAGUUCUGGGUUUUGGAAAUGUCAAAAUUGUUAGGUAAUUUCGAGAAAAAUUAGAAGUCUCUUCAAUGCAAAGAAGUGUUUGGGUAGAACGAAGAAUAUGUGUUCAUCUUGGAGUUGAUUUCAAUCAACCAAUACAAGUUCUCAAUCACGUAGAUUUAUUUUGUGAUGUCAUUUAUAUUGUUUUGUUCCGAGCGAGAAAUAAUUUUCGUUUUUGUAGUUAUAGGUCCUCACAUCAGCCAGUCUUCAUUAUCGCCAUUUCCUAUUAUGAAUUCAUUGUGAGGUGUGCAAAUUGUGGGAACUGAAAAUUACAUUAGUGGAAACCUAUUUUCAGAUUCAUCUGAAUUUUUCGUCUACUGAAAUCUUCAUCGCUUAUUACGGGAUUUUGAAACUUGUAUUCGUUUUUGUAAUGGAUAUUUAUUUACAUACAUUCAUGUUUACUCAAGUUAUAAACAACUACCAAGACAAUGAUGAAUAAAGUUCCAGGGAUCUCAAAAAAUACGAUCAUUGAUGUUUUUGAACAAUGUUUUAGAAAUUACGAAAGACACAAAAUUUACAACUUUCCAAAAAAAAGGACAAAUUCUUCUUUACCCUCCAUUAUCUUUCCAUGUUGAUAUUUUUUCAGCUCGUCACAAGUUUCCCGAAUCUCGACACACUCAAUUUCCGCUCAGCAGUUCCUUGGCAACUCAUUGCUCAUGUUCUUGAUCAUAAAAAACUCAACGAUGUUACAAUGAGCACAUCAAAUCGGUGUUCGACAAGAGUCGAAGUUGUACUUCAGGACAAUUUCCAAUCCUUCACCAAAAGAUCAUAUGAUGAUUCAGAUGAAUUGGAAUUCAGUGGAAGAAAAGAAAGUAAAUUGACAUUGGCUCAUUUGCCAAUUGGACGAAAUCCUCAUGAGAAAAGACAGAAAAUGCAAUGGUGA